GUUGGUUUGUGUUUAGGACAAACUCUUGGAUAAAUCUACGUAUAUUUCCAAGGAGAAGUCAUGAGUUGUACUGAUCUAAUGUAUCAGUUUUAUCCGCCGUAUUUCUCUCAUAAAACGACACCUUCUGAAAAUGGGAAACUUCCAAACCCAGUACCGUACGAAAGUCAACAUGCAGCUCCAGGGAGUUAUUGCUGUCCUGGAGAUGUACGACACACUAAAUUAAGGGAAACGGACCCAACUUCGGAUCUAACAGAUCCGGAUUCACAGCCCAAAGGGUCUCAGUAUUUGAACGCUAAUUGUGUUUUGUUGACCUACUUCAAUGGUGACACAGCUACAAAUGUUGAUGAACAUUUUUCGAGAGCUCUUAGUCAGCCAAGUAGUUUUACACUGGAAAAAAAUGGUUCCCAGAACCUUCGACGGUCUGAGACCCCCUUGAUGUGUCAACGGAAACUUCCACCUUCCUUCUGGAACAGUGCCUACCAACCUCCUAAAUCAACAUUCGCGCCGGGAAGUAGUGCGGACUACACACGGGAUUAUUUGACAUCACCAUGGUACACACUGUCCAAUAACUGGCCAUAUCAUUUCGCCGCAUCACAAUCUUACUCAAACACACCUGACUUUGCUCGUUCCUUUCCAUAUUCCUCUUUUGACUCAGCCAGUAAGCUUGGCCCAUCAUAUCAAUCAUUAAUGCUAAGGAGUGGAUUUGACUCGAGAAAUUCAAAAUAUGAAAUGUCCAAACUUUCAGACUCUUUACAAGGCGCCGGAAGUUAUUACGCCUCAUUGCAAAGAUUUGGUGCGGAUUUAUCUUCCAAUAUGAACUACGAUUCGUCAGCGACAUCAUCAUUGGACUAUCCAUUACAGAGCAUGAGGAAGGAGAUUUGUUGGUAACUCAUCUCAUCAUUGUUAAGUGCUGUUUACGUCAGAAACAUCAUUGGCGUGUUGUCAAUCACUUAUCAUAACAGGCUGGUGACAAUACGCGUAAUGAUAUGGAUAGCAACGACCAUGUGUGAUGGUUGAGCAUGCAAAUCCGGAAAACUGGAACUACACAAAGAAGCACUUUUACUGAUAUCCGGAAAGUGGGAAUCCCUGGACAAGCACUUCUAUGUCAUCCUAUAGGGAACCAAACAAACAUACAAUGAUCGUGAAAGUGAAACUAGCAUUCUCUGUUAUUUGGGAUCCGUAACAAUAUACAUCAUGUACAUGGAUGUAAAUAUGUGAUUGAGCAUGAAUAAAAACUACACAACGUAAUUAAAGCAAGAUAUGGUAAGGCCGAUAUGGAAAAUACAUCGAGUAGAUGUUUUUGCAAAUUAAAGAUGCAAAAUUGUCUUCUUAGAUAUUUAAUCCGAAAUAUCGAAUGACAUCAUGAGUUCAUUAAUGGUCUUAAUGGUCAGUGAUAGACUUUUGAUGUUGAGUAUAUUUUCUGUGAUGGACAUACUCACAAUAGGAAUUGUUGCACCAAGGUUGAGUCAAGAAAUGGACACCUAUAUGAAAGAGAUAUCCGAUUUAAUGAUCUGUAUAUAUUUCAAAGAGAAUAUUGUCUGAUUAUUUUGUCAAUAAAAUGAAUAAAACAAAAGUA